AUGCACUUGGACACAGAACCACCGUCUUGGCAAAUGAAAUCGAACCAGAAUCCAUUAGAUUCGGAGAAGAAACUCGAAUCAAUGCACAAGGAUAAUUAUUGUUCAAUUGCCAUUGCGCCCGCGACCAUACUGAAUCCUCUCUUGAGAUGGAGAUGGAUCGACUCCUCCAGAUUUGAUCAGAAGCGUUUGAUCAGGAAACAUGCAGCUGGACAUAGAACCACCGUCUUGGCAAAGGAAAUCGAACCAGAAUCCAUUAGAUUCGGAGAAGAAACUCGAAUCGGGUUAGAGCCCAAUUGUGAUAUCUAUAUCUUUCAUUCUUUUAAUGAAUUUAUAAUUGGAGACAAAGAGGCAGGGAUUGGUUUACCAGAUUUUUGUGAAGUUAUGUAUAUCUAUUGGCACAUAAAUCUUGAGACACAUGAUCUAACUGUUCACAUUACACAAGGUGACCAUGAAGGUAGGAGUAUGAUCAUUUCAUGGGUGACUCCAGUUGAGAAAUACCCUAAUGUGGUGACAUACUGGGAAGCAAGCACUAAACAUUUACACAAGCUCCAUACUCAUUCUGAAAUCACCACUUAUAGAUACUAUAAUUAUGCUUCUGGUUACAUUCACCAUGCUACUAUCAAAGAUUUGACGUUUGACACAAAAUACUUCUAUGAAGUUGCGUCUAAUGAAGUUACCCAUCAGUUCUCCUUCACAACUCCUCCCAAGCCAGGACCUGACGUUUCUUACACCUUUGGUGUCAUAGGUGACUUGGGACAAACUGCAGAUUCCAAUCGAACUCUAGAGCAUUAUAUGUCGAACCCAAUAAAAAGCCAAGCUGUGCUAUUUGCUGGUGAUCUUUCAUAUGCUGAUGAUCACCCUAACCAUGACAAUACCAAGUGGGAUACAUUUGGUCGUUUCAUUGAGAAGAGCGUUGCUUACCAACCCUGGAUUUGGAGUGCAGGCAAUCAUGAAAUUGACUUAGCUUCUAAUUUGGAAGAAACCAAUCCUUUCAAGCCAUAUUUGCACCGCUAUUAUGUACCCUACAAGGCAUCCCAGAGUACUUCCCCAUUUUGGUAUUCAAUUAAGCGUGCAUCGACAUAUAUCAUUGUUCUUUCUUCUUACUCAGCCUAUGGGAAAUAUACCCCGCAAUACAAAUGGCUUGAACAAGAGCUCCCAAAGAUUAACAGAUAUGAAACUCCAUGGGUCGUUGUUAUUUUACAUGCUCCAUGGUACAAUACCAACCACUACCAUUACAUGGAAGGAGAAAGUAUGAGAGUCCAGUUUGAAUCGUUGUUUGUUCAAUACAAAGUUGAUAUUGUAUUUGCUAGCCACGUUCAUUCUUAUGAGCGUUUAGAACGCAUAUCAAAUAUUAAGUACAACAUUAUAAAUGGAUUAAGCUUACCGGUUAGAGAUAUUAAUGCUCCAGCAUACAUAACAAUCGGUGAUGGUGGAAACAUGGAAGGCAUAGCUAACAAGCUUAUAUAUCCACAACCAAAUUAUUCUGCAUAUCGUGAAGCAAGCUUUGGGCAUGCAAUUCGUGACAUAAAAAAUCGGACUCAUGCUUAUUAUUGUUGGCAGUGUAAUCAAGACAAUGAACCCGUUGUAGCAGACUCUGCUUGGUUUUUUAAUAGGUUCUUUUCUUAUGGCGGAUGAAACCAUUCCAUGACAAGGAGACUUAGGAGAUUGUGCCCUCAAUUACAAGGAGGCUUAGAUUUUUGUUUGGAGAGAUUUUAGUUUGGAUUAUUUAUUUAUUUAUUUAUUUU